GCCGCUGCGCUCCCCGCCCUCGAGCCUCGUUGCAGGAGCCGCCCGCCGCCCGAGGAGGAGGUGGAGGGAGCCGGAGGGGCCCGCCGAGGCGGCGGCGGCGGCGGCAAGAUGGCGGACUUCCUGCCGUCGCGGUCCGUGCUGUCCGUGUGCUUCCCGGGCUGCGUGCUGACGAGCGGCGAGGCCGAGCAGCAGCGCAAGUCCAAGGAGAUCGACAAAUGCCUGUCCCGGGAGAAGACCUACGUGAAGCGGCUCGUGAAGAUCCUGCUGCUGGGCGCGGGCGAGAGCGGCAAGUCCACCUUCCUGAAGCAGAUGCGGAUCAUCCACGGGCAGGACUUCGACCAGCGCGCGCGCGAGGAGUUCCGCCCCACCAUCUACAGCAACGUGAUUAAAGGUAUGAGGGUGCUGGUAGAUGCUCGAGAGAAGCUUCAUAUUCCGUGGGGAGAUAACUCAAACCAAGCCAACGGAGACAAGAUGAUGGCUUUUGACACCCGAUCUUCCGAUGCGUCCAAGGGAAUGGUGGAAACUCAAGUUUUUUUGCAAUACCUCCCUGUUAUAAGAGCAUUAUGGGCAGACAGUGGUAUACAGAAUGCCUAUGACCGGCGUCGAGAGUUUCAACUGGGUGAAUCUGUAAAAUAUUUCCUGGAUAACUUGGAUAAACUCGGAGAAGCAGAUUACGUUCCCUCACAACAAGAUAUCCUGCUUGCCAGAAGACCCACCAAAGGCAUUCAUGAGUACGACUUUGAAAUUAAAAAUGUUCCUUUCAAAAUGGUUGAUGUGGGUGGUCAAAGGUCAGAGAGAAAACGGUGGUUUGAGUGCUUCGACAGCGUCACGUCAAUACUUUUCCUUGUUUCCUCAAGUGAGUUUGACCAGGUGCUGAUGGAAGACCGACUGACCAAUCGCCUCACAGAGUCUCUGAACAUUUUUGAAACAAUCGUCAACAACCGGGUUUUCAGCAACGUCUCCAUAAUUCUCUUCUUAAACAAGACAGAUUUGCUUGAGGAGAAGGUGCAGAUUGUGAGCAUCAAAGACUACUUCUUAGAAUUCGAAGGGGAUCCCCACUGCUUAAGAGACGUCCAAAAAUUCCUGGUGGAGUGUUUCCGGAACAAACGCCGGGACCAGCAGCAGAAGCCUCUGUACCACCACUUCACCACCGCCAUCAACACGGAGAACAUCCGCCUCGUCUUCCGCGACGUGAAGGAUACCAUCCUUCACGACAACCUCAAGCAGCUCAUGCUACAGUGAUGCACACAGACACUGGCCGUGUAAUACCUUCUGUCCUUUGAUUGUUUUCUGUUCGUUUUGUUUUUUUAAAAUAGCAGUUUACAACAGGAAUUAGAAAAAUCUGGAUUCUAAGUUUAACUUCUUGGAAAUCUUAGUCCCCCUCCCGCGGACUCGGGUUUGUGGCCGAAAGCUGCUGAGUGACACACACAUCGCCGAAACCUGUUGACGUUCAGCCUUUGAUCUGUUGCACUGUGGCUUCCCUCUGAGGGGUUUUAGCUUCCUGCCAAGCCUCCGACUGGGGAGAGUUCGGGCUCCAGCUUCUCCCACUUCUCCAGCUGAAUUCUGUAGUGCCAAGUUCCGAAGGUGUCCUCGAAGCCUUAUUGGUAUGAGGUUAAGGACAUUCAGUUCCAAAAAAAGCAAGACCCCUUCUCUCUGCCCCGCGCCCGGCAGCAGUCCUCGUGCCUAGCUUGAGGGUGACCUUGUUUGAAAGGGCGUCAGGGCUGUCGGAAAAAGGUUCGACCUAAGGACUGGCAUUCCGUAGCUGUACACAGAUUUAGCCUUCGUGUUGUUUUUAAUUGCUUAUAUAGCGACAGUUGAUUAGUUUGAAAAUUUCUGUGGUUUCUGAAGGUAAUGUUCUUGGUGUUUUACAGUUUACAUAAGGAUUCCUAGUCUGAUGCUCGUGGAGUUUCACAAAUGGUACAGGGCAGGGGGAGGGGAGCAAGAGGAGAGCCAGUGCCCUACAGAGUGUUGGAUGCAGAGGAAUGAGUUGAAUACAAUGUGCCCUUUUCAUACUUAAAUUUCAUGUCAUAAAUGUGCCACACGUGAGGCAUUCUGGCCAUAGCUGCAACUAUAAAAAUUACAAAUCAGUUGAUAACAGAGCUUUCUGAAUAAAACAUACUCCUUCCAGGGCGUUACGUGCUUUACGCUCAGACUUGUUCAUCCUGUCUCGGGGCCUUCAGGUCCUCGCCGCAGAGAAGCACUGUUGUACCAUCACAGACAUCUUUCUGUUCUCCCGUCUGUUCCCAUCAACUCCAACUGUGGCAUGCAUAGGAGUUUUUGUUUCUUUGGAGCUUGCCAGGGGCAGUAUUUUCCUGUCAAACGACUCAAGAAGGCAUGAUUUGAGAUUCCUGUCCAUGUGUCUCUAAAAGAUACAUGUUUCUAUCAUUAUUGCUAAUGAAAUUCUAGCUUUAUUGAGGUACAUUUUGAAUGUCUUGAAGAUACUUCUAAGAACAAGUAGUGAUUUUUUUUAGUUCACACUGAAAGAUGGUUACAUUUGACCUCUCCUCAGCACAUACGAGAUGAACGUGUACCCUUGAGGACAGAUACGGUGGUGGUGGACUCAUCAGAGGGGCUCCUUUGCAGUACUAGGAUAGUGCCUGCUAGGUUGGGUGUGGUGUGAGACCCGGACUAGGGAGGCAAACGCCCCAGCCUGGGGCCAGUUGGGAAGAUCGGGCAGCUUCUCUCCUUUUUCUGGAAAUUGGGAUUAAGACUGUGAUGUCUGUCACUUGACUGUAGAGCUGUGUUCUCAGGCAUUCUGUUGGCUAGAAAGUCCUUGAAAGAUUGGUCAACACUACGGAUCACGCAGCCUUUCCAAGACGCAGCUCUUGGUCUGUCUGGUGUCUAGUGCCAGAGAGUAGGGCUUUCCAAGGAACUAACCAGGGAUUGUUCUUAACCGUUCCUGACUUUUCUUGCAUUUGAAGUUCCACCAUCAUUUUAUCCAUAAUAACUUUCAGUGUGUCCAUGCCUUGGUCAUGCACGAGCUACAGACCUGUAGCCCAGCAGCCUAAAGCAAGUCUUCAUAGUACACAGCUCACACGUGUUUGAAUACUUCUACAUCCAGUGCUUCUUGCCAAAAAGAAUACAGUGUUUAAAUUCACAAAUUAGAGCAACAUCAGUGCUCGUGGAUAUCGGAAUGCGAGCACAGUAACAUUUGGACUUUCUGCUGGAGAGUCUGUGCACAGAUUGCACAACUAGUUGAAUUGAAUGACCCAAACCAUUGCACUCCAGUGAAGGCUCAGGUUCCCGGUACAAAGAGGAAACUUAGUCUUACUCGAGUUGUGUUUAAGAUCUGUGAUAAGAACCGGAACCACUGCCUGACAGCAGCAGUCACCAAGUUGUCCCUUUCGACUACCACCAAGGCAUGUCAAAACACCAGAUAGGUAAGGCAUUAUUCUGGGUGUUUGUGAUUCUCCUUCCUGAUGUUUGGGAUGUCUCAACGUUCUUUUAAAAUAAAGUUUAGACCAUACUUUGAGGCAGCAGGUUACUUCUCCUUAAUGGCAGGCUUGUUUAGACAGUGGAGGUGUGAGGCUCAGUCUGAAGGCUGUAGCUCACAUGUUUUAUAGACUGUAUUUUAAAACCAUUUGAAGGAGUCUUAAUACCUGUAUUAUGAAAACUAGCCUUUUGAAAUACCACUGUAUGAAGAAGGAGAUGGAACUUAGUGAACCAAAUUAAAAAGGUGCUCAUGGCUUUCACCACGCUAGUUUCCCCUCAUCUCUAAAAAAAAGUGGCUUAAAGUUGUUCGGUCUUUUUGCUUUUUUAAAUCUUAAUCAAGUUCAUGAUUUGGAAUAAAAUGUGCCUAAUUCUCUAUUACAUUGUGUUUCUCAAUUCAAAUGUCUUCUUGUUGAAUUCUUAAGAAAUGUCACAAAAGUGCCCUCAUUGGCCUCGAAGAAAUGUAUAAUAUACAGAGUUGCCUUAUAAAUCAAAGAAUGCCACGAAUUUGGGCCCUGAUUUUCAUAGGGAAAAGGUUUUGCCAAAUGUUUUCUGAGGAUCCACACCAUGGAAGUCUUGCCUCUGCCACUUAAAUACUGUGUUUUUGGUAACCCGAAUCGUUGCUUUCUGCCGACCAGCGUAUGACUUUGAGGUCUUCACUCCAGUGUUACCGUGUGGCAGAGGCACCGGGUAGCUGGAGAGCAGCCGAGGUGGGGGAGGCAGCCCGGACCACCCGUGUCUGUUCUGUUUUCUUGGAAGUUGCACCGGCGUGACCUAGGCUGGGAAGCUCCGCUGGUGAACCUCUCAAGUUGAGGUUGUUUAGGGAAAUCCUUUUUCAGCUGGUGGCAGUGAUUGGUUUCAAGUAGAAGGAAGUCAGAGUAUGUCAAUCCCAGAGAUGAUGAGAAGUAGUGAUUUCGAUGCAACGGAAAUUGUACGCCCCUGCCAUUUUUGUGUAAGAGAGAAUGAGUAAAUCUGAACUUGCAGUGUGGACCCGAGUACUUGUAUUUAUGCUUUUGACAAAAAUGUAUUUUCAGCCUUAGUACACAUAUCCGGUUAUGCCUUAUUUAUGUGAAGAAUGAAGUUAUCCCAGUCCUGUUCUGUUAUGUUCUGAAAUUCAAAUGACUAUUGGAGAAGGCCUCAAAUUGGUGCUUUCAUUAUGUAAUGAUCCAUUUAGACAAAACCCCAAACCAAGCCAUUUGGAACAAGUUUCUCUCCAUUGCAAUUUGUAGCAAUGUUAUUUCUGUCUGUGUAAUAAGAAGGCUAAAGAUCAGUGUUAACUCUGAAUUUCUUGUUUGAAUCCAUGAAAUCAUGCCUGUAAAAGCUCAGUCAAACAUUUGUAACAAACUCCCCAAUAAAUCUAGAGAAAGUCGCUCUGUUACCUUUUUAUUGCUUUUAGUUUAAUUGAAGGAAUCCAGCACAGAAAGUUUGCACGGGUGUUUUCCAGUCGGAAGUUUGACUUCGUCCUGGGUCACUUUAUGUCGCUUUCCCGUCAUUUCUCCGUUGGACAUGCACGGGGUGUGCCGCUUCCCUCUAAGGACUGAUUUUCUUCCACUGAUAGGGUGCAGCCUGCCCUUUCAGCCUAGUAAAGCAUGAGGACCGGGGAUUGCACGGGAGCGGGUGUGGAUGAGUCUCCACAGUCCAAGUGAGGCGGAUGGUAUGAUCCUUACCCAUUAUCUUAUGGUACGAGGUUAGGGCUUCAAAGGUUUAUACUAGAAACUAAAGUCGAGGUCUACACCUGAACAUUUUAAACAGGUUGGACUUUAUGGUUUUUUUCAAGUCCCAUCAAGGCCAUGUCAGCCUUAGGCUGGUGAGUGGUUAUAACAACAUUUGAAGUAGUGUGUGUACCAUUAUCACUCCUGUGUCUGUACUUGAAUGUAUAGUUAGCCUGUAAGGGGACAUACUCAUUCUUGUGGCAUCCAGGUCUAACCGUCUGAUUUCCAAUGCCAGAGCUUAUAUGGAACAGAAAGUGAAUGAUGGGGCACGGUUUCCUGGGUUGAUGGCAGGUUUGGGGACCUAGCCAUAUCUGUUGAGAAAAAAAUUUCCAGCUCAAAGUAUGCUAGGACCCAUAUGCGUACAUUUUCAUUGUGGAAGUGGUGAUAGGAAUAUGCUACUUCCUGGGUAUCUGAUUUGGGCUUGUAUUUAGAAAGCUUGUUCAUGAUAUUUCUUGCCAUAGUAAGUGAUCCAUCUGUCCUCGGUGACGCCCAUUUGAUGGUACCAAGGGGGAUCAGAAAGGGGGCGGGUAGGGAUUAAUUCUUGGAAGGUAUAUGUAACAAUGCAACAAACUAUACCAUUUACUCUCUCCUUUACCUCUUACUUGAAAGCAGAAUGGCAACAUGUUUUAAAUGGCUUUUCUGUACCACUCUACCUGAGAGCUCAUUUACCACAAGAAGCCUUAUCCGAAAGUAUAUUUUGUAACAACCUCACAGAUGCUGUACCCAACAAAACAUGAUUUGUAUUAGCUUUGUAUAAAAGUAUUUGUGGCUUGGAUUUUUUAUACGUAUUAUAUCUUUUUAUAACUUUCCAGGAACUAAGAAGCACGUUAUCUGAUAUUGUACAUUUUUUUUCCUGUCAGUGCUUUAGUUCAGGAUUGGCAAUAAAUUAUUUCUAAAGGAGAUCUGAAA